GGUAGACACCAUUUUGGUUCAUAAUUAACGAUAUUAUUGGCCAAUUACAGUUGACCAGUCAGGUUUAAAUCGCAAUCUUUGAAGUUGGAGGUGAACGUAGUUGUGGUCUACUUUGUUUGACCAUCGCGCGAGCGGUACUUGCGUAAAUAACUUCAGUUCCACGAUGGGUACUACCUUCAUAAUAGUGUUUUAGUUGUAGUUUGACAGAAUCUGUCGAUAAUUACUUUUCUUUUAUUUAUUUAUUUAUUUAUUAAUCUUUGAAGAUGUUGUCUGGUGGUUAUAUAUUGGAAUUGUGUAACGUUUUUUUCUCUGGGCAGGUGGAAAAACGCUCCCUUGUUCAAAGAAUGGUUGGUAAUAUUAAAACUGGAGUUAUAUUAAAAGAUGUGUCCAUGCUAGUACAUUCUGGUGAAGUUCUAGCAGUGCUAGGAUCAAAAGGUAGUGGGAAAAAAGCUUUACUUGAUGUUAUAUCGAGAAGAGCACAAGGUCCUAUUCGAGGACAGAUAUAUCUGAACAACCAUCCCGUCAGUAUGUGUUUAUUUCAGCAGAAAUGUGCCUACGUUACACACAAAUGUGAUUUUAUACCGGGAUUAAAUGUUGAACAGACAUUGUAUUAUAUCCCUACUAAGUUCACUGGCUAUUUAAAAAUGUCUAAAGUAAAGCAAGUGAUAGCCGAUUUAGCGUUGUCGCAAGUAGCUAAAAAAUGUGUUGAAGAUUUGACAAAGAGUGAAUACAGAAGACUGAUGAUUGGUGUGCAACUAAUUAAAAACCCAGUGGUACUAUUACUAGACGAACCCACCUGGGACCUGGACCCAUUAAACACGUACCUAAUCAUUUCAAUCCUUUCAAAUGCGGCUAAAAAGUACGGAACUGCUAUAAUCUUAACGAUGGAGAAGCCUCGGUCAGAUGUUUUUCCGUUUCUGGAUCGGGUACUAUACUUAUGUCUUGGAGAUGUCGUGUACACUGGAGGUACCAAGCAAAUGCUCGAGUAUUUUAACGUUAUUGGCUUUCCUUGUCCACAACUGGAAAAUCCUUUGAUGUACUAUCUUUGUCUUUCUACAGUGGACAGAAGAUCCAGAGAACGAUUUGUAGAAAGCAAUUAUCAAAUAGCAGCGUUAGUGGAGAAGUUUAAAAACGAGGGAGUUAUUUUCCAGAAAAGUCCUAGCAUGAUCUCGCCCAAUCAAAACCACGAGCAUGGACAACACGACAAGGUUCCUUUCAUGCAUGGAAGACCGGGAAGAUUUUCAACUGCGUGGACGAUUUACGUGCGACUUUUAGCAGCGACUGUGAGUUUUAAAAGAGCUGGUCUGCGCCAAACAUUUUUGCGUACUUUUGCACUACCUUUAUAUUUCUUCUUGAUGUGGCUGUUCUAUAGAGAAAUGAAGGACUGGCAACAUACAUUCAUAUCACGUAAUGGCUUAAUUUUGAACUGUUUAUGCUGUGUUUACUUCGUGGGAAUCAUAAACACCAUAUUAAUGUACCCUACAUAUAGGACAAGGUACUACCAAGAUACUCAAGAAGGUUUAUAUGGAGGGACGUUGUUUCUUCUAACUUACAAUUUGGUUUCGCUGCCAUUCUCGUUUAUUUCUUCAGUUUUGUCUGCAGUUAUAAUUUUCCCGUUAAUUAUGUCAUUCGACAAUCCUGUGGACUUCGUGUACUUCACUCUGAUAUUAUGGGCUUGUUACAUCUUCGCAGAACAGCAAACCAUGGCAAUUUUAAUGAUCGUGAAGGAUUACAUGAAAGCUGCUAUAUUUAGCAUUUAUCUGACAGUGGUGUGCAUUACUCUGGGUAGUGGGAUAUUAAGGUCAAUGAAAGGCUUACCAGACUGGCUGUACUACGCCAGUUACGGAACUCAAACACGCUACGCCGCUGCAUAUCUAAAUCGUAAAGUGUUUACUCACCUAGCCCUCAACCGAGCGCUUCCUUUUGAUCUCCAACACAACUGUACUCAAAUAAGCUUCGAAACUUCUAUCUUAAACGGCGCCAACAAUGCUUACUGCAGAUACGCCAGUGGACAGGCCUUCCUUACGGAACGAUACAGCAGGGAUCCCACGGAGGUGAUUUUUAGCGGAGUUCUGGAGGAGGAUUUCAAUAUUGGGCUCACCUGUGGUUUUGCGCUGGGAAUGAUUGUUUUUAAUUUGUUUUUGUAUUUGAUUCCUUUGCCUUCGUUCGUUAAAGCAAAGUUUAGGGAAUAAAUUAAGGUUUAAAUAAAAAUAUUUAUUGUUUUA